AUGAAUAAACAAAUCAAGUUAGAAGACAUAAAUGACAAUAGACCGGAAGUGAUUGUUACAUCUUUGUUUAGCCCAGUCUUGGAAAAUACUCUUCCUGGAACAGUAAUUGCCUUCUUGAAUGUGCAUGACCGGGAUUCCGGAAAGAAUGGUCAAGUUGUUUGUUACAUACAUGAUAAUUUACCUUUUCAAUUAGAAAAAUCAAUAGAUAAUUAUUAUAGAUUAGUGACAUGGAAGCAUUUGGACCGAGAAAGGACCUCCAUGUACAAUAUCACAGUGAUGGCCUCAGAUCUAGGAACCCCACCUUUAUCUACUGAAACUCAUAUCUCCCUGCAUGUGGCAGACACCAAUGACAAUCCACCCACUUUUUCUCAAGCCUCCUACUCAGCCUAUAUCCCGGAGAACAACCCCAGAGGAGCCUCCAUCUUCUCUGUGACCGCCCAUGACCCUGACAGUGGCAAGAACGCCCAAGUCACUUACUCUCUCACUGAGGACACCUUCAUGGGGGCACCUCUUUCUUCUUAUGUCUCCAUCAACUCUGACACCGGUGUGCUGUAUGCGAUUUGUUCCUUUGACUAUGAGCAGAUCCGAGACCUGCAGCUACUGGUGACUGCCAGGGACAGCGGGGACACUCCACUCAGCAGCAAUGUUUCACUGAGUCUGUUCAUUCUGGACCAGAAUGACAACACACCUGAAGUUCUCUACCCCUCGCUCCCCAAUGAUGGAUCCACUGGUGUGGAGUUAGCACCCCGCUCUGCAGAGCCUGGCUACCUGGUGACCAAGGUAGUGGCAGUGGACAGAGAUUCUGGCCAGAAUGCCUGGCUGUCCUACCGCCUGCUCAAGGCCAGUGAGCCAGGGCUCUUCAUGGUGGGGCUGCACACAGGAGAGGUGCGCACUGCGAGGGCCCUGCUGGACAGAGACAUGCUGAAGCAGAGCCUGGUGGUGGUGGUCCAGGACCAUGGCCAGCCCCCUCUCUCUGCCACUGUCACCCUCACUGUGGCUGUGGCUGACAGUAUCCCAGACGUCCUGGCUGGCCUGGAUGACAUCAAGAACCCUGACAACUCUGAAGACUCAGAUCUCACAUUGUACCUGGUGGUGGCCGUGGCCAUUAUCUCCUGUGUCUUCCUUGCUUUUGUGGUUGUUCUGCUGGCGCUCAGACUAUGGCGAUGGCAUAAGUCUCAUAUACUCCAGGCUUCGGGCAGAGGGUUGGUGGGCUUGCCUGCCUCAAGCUUUCUGGGGAUGGAAGGAGUACAGGCAUUCCUUCAGACCUAUUCCCAUGAGGUCUCUCUCACUGCAGACUCAGGGAAGAGUCACCUGAUCUUCCCUCAGCCUAACUAUGCACAUACACUCAUAAGCCAUGAGAGCUGUGAAAAAAAUGGUUCCUUGUUAACACCCAUAGAUUUUCAAGAAGGUAAGGAUGAAGCUGCUUCAGUUCAGGUGAGUUCAGUUUUUGUUUAUCAAUACAUUAUUUCUCAGAUGCACUAUUUUCUUUAUAAGUCUAUGUGUUUUGAAACAUGUAUUAUGCAGAAAGUUUAAAAUAUUUUUAAGGUAUACCCUAAAUAUAGAAGUUAUUUUAGU